GUGAGUGACUGCGCCACUUCCAUUCUCUUUACUCUCAGUGCUACGUUCCAACAGCCGGACACGCCUCUUCCUCCUCCUCAUUAUCAUCCUCAUCAUCCUCCCGUGCUCCUCGUUACCCUCCUGCUGCGUCGAGCCUCAGUCGACGUCUAUGCCUCAAACACAGGCAGCUCGGGAUGUUGCGUGCUUCCCACGGGAGAUGCUCUAAAUGGGACACGCAGCGUGGAAAGACACGCUAGAAGAAGAAGAAGAAAACGCGGGAGGGAUGCUUCGGUCUUGGUGGUGGUCUGUGAUCCUGCUUGGCUUCGUCUCUGUGUCCCCCGUUAGUGCUGAUGCCCCGCUGUCAUCUCCGCUCAAUGUGACCAUUAAGGAGAUUGAGGUCAAUUCGGCCGUGGUCUCAUGGGAGACUUUGGAGGGAGACCCCGUCAUCGGAUUCGCCAUCACUCAACAGAAGAAGGACGUGCGCAUGCUGCGGUUCAUCCAGGAGGUGAACACCACCACACGCUCCUGUACCUUGUGGGGUCUGGACGAGGACACGGAGUACAUAGUCCACGUUCAGAGUAUAAGCAUGAGUGGGAGCAGUCCCCCCAGUGAUCCCGUUCUUUUCCGAACCCCCAAAGAAACAGAGAAGUUGGCGUCCAAGAGUCCAGACGAGAUCACAUUGGAGGAAAUGGGCCAGGCCGCUCAGCUCCGGGCUGGCGAAGUCAUCAUCAUCGCAGUGGUUCUUGUCAUGUGGGCAGGUGUGAUUGCGCUGUUCUGUCGUCAGUAUGACAUCAUCAAAGACAACGAGCCCAAUAACAACAAAGACAAGGCCAAGAACUCGUCAGAGUGCAGCACUCCUGAGCAUCCACAGGGUGGGCUCCUGCGCAGUAACGUUUAACAUCCACUCUCCAUCUGCCGACCCUGCAAUAACUUAACCCCCUCAAUCCUCAGGACAGAGCGUGAGAGGCAUUCUGCAACCAAAAAUGCUGGAAUACAGAUUCAAUGUUCAACUCCACUUGGCACAAUGAAGAAUUGUUGGAAAAAUCAAAGGCUUCUAACAAGGGGAACAAUGGAGGAUAAAUCACGUUUUGUUGCGAUCAAAAGCAGCCCUUCCUGUGGAUAUAUUUGACUUGCUUCCAAAAGCCAAUUCCUGAUUGGCCCAUCUGUUGUUUUUUUGGGCCGUUGCCCUCGAUUCGCCUUUGUAUCACCACCACUUUGGGUGAUGCAUGUCCUCGCCAUCUUUCUGGCUUGUAGGCGCCCUUGACAUUUCAGGAAUAAAAUGUGACAAGGUUUUUUACAGCACACCGUAUUUCCCACAACGGCCGUGACUCACGCAAAUUCUGAGGAUCGUUAAGGGAUUCCGUCAUAAAGAUUUUAAAAGUGACCUCUCACUACUUUUUAAACGAGCUUCCAUGCACUUUAAUGUCCAGAAGUUAACUUCUACACUCAUCAAAUUUUAAAUGGCCCUGGAUUGGAUGCAAAAUGACAGAGGCUGACUGUGCUUUAGUUGCGAUACGGCAUGUUGUAGGUAUAGGGAUGGGAAUAAUGCAUACAUAAUGUGCAUAAUGGACAAGGCGGCCACAUGCAGGCAGAGGGGAAAAAAACAAUGAAGGACAAUGAUUAAAGUUUCAGGCCAAGAUGCAUCGAAGAAUGGUCAUUUGAGGUUGAGCUUGUUUUUUUGUUUGUUUGGUUUUUUUUACAUUGUGGCAUUGAGAUGAUAAAACACUAUGCUAUCUACAGUAUAUUUGUGUAUGAAUUAUUGUUCUUUAGUGAAACCAAAUGUAUUUACAAAAGCCAGUGGAGAAUUGUGCUGUGAGAAUUCCAAUCUAUACCAAAUAAUAUUCACUUAUACUGUACCAGUGGCAUUGUUAGGCUGAAGCCCCCCUAAUGUUUAGGUUGUUUGUGGUUAUUCAAAAAUGUAUGUGUAUUAUUGUUUGAAUGGACGUGUUUGGACAGAUGGAAAACUUAGAUCAGCGCCCCGCCCCCCGCUGACAAAAUAAUUAUCGGCAGUGCAACACUCCUGGGGGCCCACCAAUCACUUAAUCAUUAGUGACGCCCCUGUUUUUCACAGUUAUGUUGACACUUAAUUUACGAAACAAAUACAACAACGAAAAUGUUUUAAUAUUUAGUUGUUUUACUAAUGCACCCUAGUUGUUCUACUAGUGGCCUGAAUUGUCUUACUAGUGAGGGCAAAGAGCGUACUCGUACAUAGACAAUUCAGUGCACUAGUAGAACAACUGGGGCGUGAGAGCCACUCUACGAGUACAUCCUAGUUGUUCUACUAGUAUGCAUAAUUAUCAUACAUUCGUGGAAAAAUUCACUAGUACACAUAAUUAUUCCAAUAAUGCGCGCUAGUUGUUCUUCUCGUGUGCAUAAUUGUCAUACAGUAGUGGAAAAAAGUCACUAAUAAGACAAGUGCACUCGAGCUGCUGUACCAAUGUGUACGAGUGUCAUUCUCCGUGUUCUACUAGUCUGCCCUAGUCAUUCCACUAGUGUGUGUCUUACUAGUGAGGGCAAAGAGAAAACUCGUACAUGGUCAAGCACUAGUGGGCGAUCCAAAAAUGCUCGAACGUCUUCUCAUAUCUUCCUCUUAUACUUUGUGUUGUAUCUCUCUGACUCCCAACGCAGCCUCCCUCCCUCCCGUUUCUCAUUAUCUCCACUCCCAGCCCCGACUCCCAUUAGUCCGCCUUCUCCGGCGUCCGCAUCAGCGUUUUUUCGCCUCAUUUGCCCUCACUGCCGACGCCUGUGUCCUUUUGAUUGUUUGUCACACUUUGCCUCAACACCGCCUGGCCAGGUUGUUGUCAAUAAAAUCUGUCUUGGCAAAGAGAAGUGUAAUACUAUGUUUAUUAUUGUGAUGGUCGUGUGCAGUGGUGUAGAACUGCAUCUUAUAUCUGUCAAGGCACAAUUUUGUCUUGUGUUCCUAAUGUUGUGGCUGAUGAGUGUGAUUUAUUUCUUUUAUUUUUUUUCCAGCUUUUGAAUGAACCUCACUUUUGUCCCACUACAAAAUUGUUGAACGGAACACCUGUAAAAUCGAUUGUUGCUUAAUUGUCUGAAAGCAAUUGCGGCAAAAUGGAGUGCACUGUUUUUGUAUAAAUAAAAUCUUUUUUUCAUUUUUUAGAAAAACAAUGUUCAAUUGUUUAAACAAUUGCUGUUAAAAAAAGUAUAUAUACAUUCCAUCUACAAAUUAAGUUCAGUUACAAAAAAUUGAUCAUUAAUUUUCUCCAUUGUCAAGUGAGGAAAUUAAGUCAAAUGGCCGUCCUAUUUUCCAGGAAAAUGUGAAUGUUCAAGUAUGUAUCACAUAUGUAUUAUCAAGAAAUAAAUAUUUUCAAUGUACUCGUUUAUGGCGCUGUUCGUUAAUCGUGGCCGGGGGGGCAUUUGUUUACACCGCUGCAGUCCAUUAC